AUGCAACAGUCGAGCCAAUGGCUCUUGGCAAGGUGGAUGCGAUUGAUUAAAGUGUGCGUCUUCACUAGUGUGCGUUGCGCGGUGGAAUCCACUCGUGUCCGUAUGGUGCAAAAGUUGAUGGCGGAGUUGAAGGUGCUCAUCGGGAAAAGAGCACCGGCCGGAGGUGCGGCCGUCGGGCCUUCGCCUGCACCGCCCGGCCAACAACAGUAUACAAGAAGGGACCUCAAGGCAAAUCUAAAUAGACACAUGAGUAUCGUAUUAGACAGGUCAGUAAAGAAUGACUGA